AACCUAAUCUGGAACUUUGUGAAGGUGGAAAGCUUCCCAGUUCAAUGCGGGGGAGUCGUGACUCUGCUCUCCAUUGGCCUGUGUGCCUCUGCCUUAUAUCCUGUAUGCCUCUAUUUGGGAGAACCAAAGCUCACUUCACCAAACUAGGUAGAUCUCUUGCUCUCACAGGGUUGAAUAGCACACUCAUCGAUCGCCUGUAGUUGCCAAAGUACUCAGCAUCUUACUCGACUCGGGCUUCGUGUGACAUUCUUGGGAGGCGUGUUCUUGUCAACCCAGCCGAGCCCUGUCCUUGAGGUCAACUUGCUCUUCUAGAAAGAUGCCCAUGAGAAAAAGGCGAUAGAAAACGCGAGCUUGACACGAAAUCCGAGAGGUUCUGUCGGUGUGGAAAUUGGUUCUUUUUUUAAUGUAUGGAAGCGUACGGUACAGAGGCGAUGCUGGCGUGGAAAACACUCGUUCACGAAGCCAUCUCAACCUUCUAUACAAUAAGCUGCAAAAGGCGUGGAAAGGCGUGAAGGGCAGAUUGGAGCGGAAAGAUGCAUGUGCAUGACCAAAAAGAAACACGCCAUGCAUCUGUGCGGGGUUUGGUGAUUCAUCCUUGGGAGUGAUUUCUUCUCUGGCCUUAUGUUGGAGAUUCACAGGCGAAGAUCUGGUGGUGGUGUUGUGCCCUGCCAAAGCUCAUCUUCGCUUGUGCUGCUCUAGUGGAAGUUCAGCGAGGACUUCACGAAGCAAAAAAAGAGCUUAGGGUGAGCACCUUCCAGCACCUUGCGCGAAGAGAGAAGCGAGAACGCGCAGAGGAGUAUAAAGUGCCCAGCACUGGCUUGAUAGAAAUUCCUUGAUUCCCAUUGCUCAUUAUUGUACUGUACUUGAGUACCAUCUUCUUCCAUACAACUGCUCUUUUCGCUCGCUCUCCUUCUACGCACUAGUACAGAACAAUACAGACCUCACUUUUCUCUUCCCUCACCUCGAACUUACCAUCUUACCAUCCAUCUCCUUUGCCGUAGCCUCACCGGGGAUAAAAGUCGCAACCUCCCUGACAAACGCUCUCGUCGCUGCUCGAUCUACUCUCCACCCACCUCCCACCACCAUUCAUCUCACGACUCCGCAAAUCAUUGUCUCUCUACUUCAUCAGGCGCUUCUUCAAAUCUCUGCGGCGCAAUAGAAAGGUAUGUGACAGUACCUCAUUGCAUCCGUCUGAGGUCUCGAUCUUCACCUUCCGUCAGCUUGCGUUGAAUCGUUGAUCAUGACCUCCCUACGUACUGUACUCCUACAAUACCAUGACAUGCUAAUCGAUCUUCCGAUAAAGCACACCCCACGAGCCCAUCGAUCUCUCUCGAUAUGUCUAAACGAAAGAAGCGUGAGUCAUAUGGCAUUCCGACGCCUGAGGAUACGAUGAGCAUUGGUACAACCCCGAAGAUUGAAGAGGUGAGCUCCGUUGGUCUGACGUUCCAAAAGACACGACCCAAGGAAGCAAUGAGAUGGAUACAGGUGGUCACCAAAACGGCACUGCCGCCACGAGGUCGAGUAAGGACCCCCUCACAUAAUAGAUGCGGAGUUUAUUUAUUGACAUAACUCAGGUAAACGACAACGAACCGAAGACUCUAACCAGCCAAGCGGUGUCGAUCAAGGUGGUCUUGAGAUAGUUGGUCAAAAUGUGAAGAAGCUCAUCGACGCGAUUGAAGAACUGAGAAGUAUAGGACUCAAAAAGCAUGUUACCUGCCUUCCUGAACUUGUUUUGGUUGGCGACCAGAGCUCGGGCAAAUCUUGCCUUAUGGGUGCUAUCGCACACAUCAGUCUUCCAAGAGGCUCAGGUACUUGUACGCGAUGCCCAACCAAUAUCAGAACCUCUGAAGCGGAGAAAUGGACCUGCGAAGUAUCGCUGCAGGAAAUGUACUCGUAUGACCCGAGAUCGAAGGCUGGACCAUUUCCAAAUUGGGUCGAACGCCAGGAUGCCCUUUCUAACAAGCCUUUCAAGACAAUUGGAGACAAGUCUGAAUUAGAAGAGGUGAUGAAGUGGGCACAAAUCGCUAUCUUGAAUCCCGACAAGGACAGUAACUUGUAUAUCCCAGGAACUGCUACUCAAGCACAAGAAGCCAUACUUCGCAACGGAUCCGGAGAUUACUACGACCAAACUAUCUUUUCCCCGAAUGUGAUAUCGGUGGCCAUUGCUGGACCAGGACUCUCGAACCUAUCUUUCUACGAUCUGCCUGGCCUUUUUAAAGUUUCGCGUAACAAGCGUGAGGAGGGUGGGCCAAAGUUUUGCGAGAAUCUAACAAUAAAGUAUGUUCGGCAUGAGAGAGCCCUUAUUAUCUGUGCAAUGUCUAUGCACAACGACCCCGCUGUCUCUGUUACGAAGGAGGUUAUCAACCGUUGCAAAGCCAAUGAUCGAUGUGUUGGUGUUCUUACAAUGCCCGAUAGAAUGCAAGGUGUAUACCACCAAGACUAUAACGAUCUCUUCGAAAAGAAAGCCUAUGUUCUUCCUUACGGUUACUUCGUGACAAAACAGCCAGGUGUAGACUCCCCGCUGCCCAAAAACCCUCUGACCUCCGACUACCAUAGGCGGGCCCUCCUAGAAGAAAAACAUUUUUUCGAUCAGAGCCGUCUUUAUGGGUCCAAUGGCAUCUGGUCACAUUUUAGGUCGAGAUGCGGUACUUCUAUGAUCCAGGAGUUCUUGUCAAAAGAGUUUGUUCAAAUGAUCCUGCGAAGGUAUCCCAAUCCAAUCAAUCCCUUAGUUAGCAACGCUUAAACUAACACAUUAUAGUAUUCCUGAUAUUCAGAGUGAUGUUCAAAACCAGGCUAGGGGGAUUCAAGCAGAGCUGGAGAACCGGCCAGAGGUCUGUCACGAACAAGCCCAGUUUAUCGUCCGUCAGCUUCUAGCCAAAUUCAGCGAUGCUGCAGAGGGGCUACUUGGUGGAAAUGCGCGACGCAAUAAUGAAGGCGGAACAAAGCGACGCGAAGAAUCUUUUCAAUACCAGUGGAAAAAGUUGUCUUCACGAUUCCGAGACACCCUAGAGCACAUGCAGUUUGAAAUGAACUGCAGUCAAGCCCCAUCGGAUGGGGCACGUCCUAGAACUGAAGAGCAGAUCAAUUUGGUAAGUGACGAUGAUUACGCGAACGAAGGUAACAAUAGAGCUCAAACAUCACGGCAAGCAUUCGAUACCACAGUUCUACGACCCCCAACAAAAAUCCAAUCCGACUACAAACUCCAAUCAAACAGGAGUUAGCUUCACCUGGUGGGAUGCGUAGGCUAAUGCCGACUCAGCUUGGUCUUAAGUACGGCCCUUUUUGUCAGGACUACCUCUACUCCGGCCGCAAUUUCAUGACAAUCGCGGAUUUACGAAAAGGUAUUGAUUUUUAUACCGGAUUUGGUGAGCCUGAUAACGUGAGCUUCACAAUCAAGGAGGAGUAUGCACUAACAGCUAUUCAACCAUGGAAGCUGCCACUCGAGACUUUUCACAAUACUACUUUUACAAUAUUGGGAAAGGAGAUUAUCCAGGUGCUUUCUGAGGUUCUCAAAAACUACAAGGAUACUCUACUAUUCCGAAGAUCUAAGGAGUACAUUAGUGAUUUAAUUAAUCACUACGAAAUGAUUCAGCGAGAGAAGCUGUUCGACUUGUACAAUAUUGAACACGCAGCACUUUUUACAAUGAACCUCGAUGGAUUUAGAGAAUACAAGCAGCAAGCUCUGGCUAAAUUGAACACAGCACGCAAGGAAGCUCGCAUCGAAGCCUGGUUGAACACUGUCAAGGGCCGCCACAAGGACAAGGAGCACUUGCGGAAAAAUGUGAAGGAAGAAGAUUUAGCCAGAUUUUCUAUGUUCCACAAAGAACUAGAAAUUGCUGCUUAUGUUAUUGGUUAUUACAAUUUGGCCAGAAUUCGAUUUGUCGAUACCGUAUGCUGCAGUGUAAAUGUUACCACAUUCGAGGCAAUGAAGAAGGGCUUCAAAACCCUGCUCGAAAGAAAGCUCGAUCUUUUUUCACCAAAUUGUAAGUUCUCAAAUCUUUCAUUAUUCUAACUCAAGCUGAGGGUUCUUUAGGUGAUGAAAUUGCCCAGAUGCUCAUUUCGGAAAAUCCCACUCUCGCAAACGAGCGCAGCGAAUUGCUAAAAACCCAAAAGAAGUUGGAGAAUGCGAUGAAGGUUCUUGAGGGUAUUAGGGCAUUGACUGAUAAUGGUCGUCGUGAUUCAGAGGUUACGAUGGAUAUCGAUAUGAUGGAUCAGUCAGAGAACAAUGGCUGGGGCAACAACGUUCCAGUCCAUCCGGAUGACGAAACGAUUGAUUUCGCUCAAUAA